AUGGUUGCAGUAAAAGAAGGAGGAAUACGCGCCGAUACAAAGAAAAGGAGGUUUCAGUUGGCAUCUGAAUUUGUUGCAGCAGCAAAAGGAGAAACCCUCCUCUGCAAUAAAGUCGCCUUCUUCGAUUUCCGUGAAAAAGGUGCAUUAGACCUUGUCUGUCAAGGCCAGCCGCAGCAGCAGCAGCAGCAGCAGCAGCAACAGCAGGAGCAGCAGCAGCAGCAGCAGCUGCUACUGCAGCCCCCUCAGCAGCAGCAGCAGCAGCAGCACUCCCAUCAACUGCAGCAGCAGCAGCCGCAACAGCAGAAGCAGCAGGACCACCACCACCACCAGCAGCAGCAGCAGGACCAGCAGCAGCAGGACCAGCAGCAGCAGCAGCAGCAGCAGCAGCAGCAGCAGCAGGGUCCGUUCAGGACAAUACGUGUAUACGCUCGUCCUGUUGAUGGUUAUAAUGAAAGUUUAUAUUUUAAGGUGACAGCAGCAAAUGGUGUUUGUUCUUUUUCUUUUUGCAUGCAGCAGCAGCAUCUAUCUCACCCUAAUUAUCCUUUCUCUCUUAUACUCAACAACAACAGCAGCAGCAGCAGCAGCAGCAGCAGCAGCAGCAGCAGUGGCGGCAGCAGUGGCGGCAGCGGCAGCGAAAGAGAAAAUGGAUACCAAGCAGCAGAAGAUGCACUGCUGCUGCAGCAGCAACAGCAGCAGCAGCAGCAGCAGCUGCAGCAGCAGCAGCAGCAGCAGAAUGGGGGUUUGUCUUCGCUUCAGUUGACGCCCGAUCUGCCCCCCCCAUAUGGCGCUGCAGCUGUUGGGGCUACAUUCAAAAUAACAGUAACGGACCUGAACGGCACCAAGACACCACGCACAGGUAUUGCUUAG